UUAAAUGCGACUACCUACGUGUCUAGCCAACACAGUGUGUUAUCAAUAUUUGCUAAGUGUAUGUUUGGUUGCUUAUUAAUUGUUUCGAUUAUUUUCUUCUCCUGCUCACUUUUAGACUUGUACCUCUAUCUUGCAAAAUGGCGGUCUUUCCUGCAUUUACCAUCAAACUCUCGGAAACAGGGGAUUGGGGGUGUGACCGUCGAGGUUGUUUUUUUAAUUGAAGUGAAUGUUGGACCAAACAACGUUAGCUAAAUAUUUUUUGUAAGCUUUUUCUAAAUGUGCGUUAUAUUUAACAAUUUUUCUUGCGUUUUCGGGGCGCCUUUAGACCCAUUUAGAAUAUCAAGUGUCCCCUCUUUCAAAAUAUGCUGGUGCAGACAGAAAAUGUCAGGGGGGUAAUAACCAUGAACGAGGAAUAUGAAACAAAAUACUUCUGCAACUCAGCUGAGGAGUGGAAAGCCGAGGGGGUGGAGCAGCUGCGACUCAGCACAGUGGACCUGACCGGUGUGCCCAGUCUAGAGAACCUGCACAGAGGAGUGGAGUUCGCACUCAGUCACCGGGAAAAGGGCUCCAGUGUGUAUGUCCACUGUAAGGCUGGACGCUGCCGCAGUGCCACACUAGCUGCUGCAUACAUCAUACGGAUACACUGCUGGAGUCCAGAAGAAGCAUGUCAGAUGUUGGCCUCUGUCCGACCACAUGUAAUAAUUCGUUCUUCACAGCUGGAGAUGCUUCGGCGGUACCAUCAGCAAGUCUGUGGCGGGGGUUCCAUUUAAGAGGGAGGUUGCCAGCAUACUUAUUGCACUUCUACAGAAACUGUAAAAUUAGCUUUGUCAAGACAAACAAUAUGCUGCUUGAAGGGAUUUUUGACCUUGAGCUCAUUCUUUUACAUAGUUGUUACUCAACUGGAUCAAGUGUAUUGUAUAAUUCUCAAAUGUUGUAUAAUUCAAGUGUCAUCAGCUCAUCAGAACAUGGGGUAUAAUAAAUUGCUGUCCCCAUCAAAGUACUGAGGUGGGUGAAGGGGGUGUAUUUAAACGCAUGUUUUUACAGAAUUUUUACAAUUUCUAUUUUAAGAAAAUGUGUGGUAUUUUGAUUGUUACUAAUUUCACUGAUUGUUUGAUAGUAUUCUAUAUGGGUUGUAAAAACAUAUUGGAAAAGAAUGACAUUAUAGAAGGAUAGCUAUUGAUACUUAAUCCAUUGAAACAUAACCGGAGUGAACAGGGGGCCUAAUUGUCUGGAAAGCCCAUGUUGAAAUGAGCGUUUGAAUCAGGAAAGUUUACUCACAACCUCUACAGACCAGAAUGUUGAAUAAAGUGACAUGUUAACAUA